AUGGCGGGGCUGGACGAAGGCCCGCAGGCUCAGGAGAAGUUGCGGCCCCAUCCGUUCGUGGCUGCCGUCGCCCACAGCUGCGAGGAGGCCUGCGAGAUGUUUGUGCGGAAGCGAGACUUCUACGAGAUCAUGAACGAUCUGGAGGCCCGCAAGGACAAACUGUGCACCACCUGCAGGGAAACCGCCUUCCGCGGAAGUGCGGCAAGCCCCAACCCCCGCAUCUUCCAGACGGUGGGCACGCGCCUUCUAAACAUGAAAGUGGGUCAAGUUGAUUAUCCGGUCAACGUGUCCAUUGGCUACGUGAAGGCCCCCCUGAUGUAUUCGACCCCACAGCGCACCGCCAUCUACAACACCUGGUUCACAAUCUACCAGGCAAGGAUCCAGCCUGCUCCCAAGGGCAUGAUCAUGGUUCACCAAGGCGGCCCUAUGGCACACAUUGAUGAUUCUGGCCCUGGCAGCUUUGUGGACUACCUUGAGGAGCUGCAGCACUAUGAUCUGGUUUCCGUGGACCAACGCGGCAUGGGCUUGUCAUAUGCCGGAUUGCUGGAGAACUUCACCACUCCUGAGUCCUUUGAUGAGUUCGCCGCGUAUCUGGCCUUACCGAAUUCUGUGUGGAACAGCGUCGGCAGGGUAGGGAUGCUGGCAGUUGGGAGUGUCAAUGACGUAAACAACGUCACACACGAAGCACCGUGUGCGGACCUGGCUGCCAAGGCCAAGAACUCUUGGCUCCUCCCAACAGACUACGCCAAUCACGACGAGGUGAAAAACUACCUCAACGGCAAGGCUCGGUGGACGAGCCCAUGCUCUGCCAAGUUCGAUCGUGGAGACGGAGAUGGUGGCAGCUACAACCUUUUGCAGUACAUGGGCACACAGGCCCUUGCACAUGAUGUCGAGUGGCUGCGGUGGGCUUUGGGCAGCCCUGCCAUCUCUGUGCUGGGCUUUAGUUACGGCACGCGCUUUGCCGCGGCCUAUGCGUCGCAGUUUCCUGGAGCCAUACAGCGAGUUGCAGUUACCGGCGUGGAGGCACCACAGCCCGACCUGCUGGAAAUGGCCCGGGGAUCGGCUGCCAACACGGCCCAGGUUCUGGGCUUCAUCCAAAGCCAGUGUGCCGAGAGCCUUGAGUGCCGGCAUAAUCCUUUCAACAAGACAGACAAGAACCUGGUGACCCCUCCCGGAAGAUACUUCGAGGGUGACAUCAAUGAGGCCGUUAACGAGCUCUUCAAGCGCUCUGCAGAUGGUGGGAGCUGGUACGGCCUUAAUUGCCCAGGCAAGGGCCUGACCACUUACCAGCUCACAAGCUUUCUUGCUAUGUUUCUCACAAAUCUUCCUCCAGCCACGUGGCGUCCUAUAUACCAGGACGAGACCUGGCCAGUUGGCUUCCUGAUGCUCCCUGCCACUGUUUACCUGAUGUUGCAAAACCCUUGCAAAUUCGCAAGGGAUGACCCACCGGACUCAGGCUUCGGAGACCUCGCCAUUUUCUUUUUGAUUCCAGCCUUAGACAUGACUGGCAAGUGGCAGCUCAACCAGGUUGCCAAGGAGAUCUCCAGCUUCGCUGCAGACAGGGCCUUCGCACCGAGUCUGCGUAUGUACCUCAGUUAUGCACAAGCGGCCUAUGGCUGGCCCCAGCUCCCAACACCCAUUGGCUUCUCGCAUCCCAGUGUGAACGCCGUGGCCGUCAACCCCCUCUACGACCAGCGCACCGGCAUGAACAAUGCGCAGCAGUUCCAGCUGAACUUCCCCAACAGCAGCCUCGUCACUUCUCUCAGUGGUGGGCACUGUGUCCAAGUCUCUGCUGACCCAUCCUUGACUCACGGUCCCGCGGGCUACAAAGUGCUGAUGGAGUUUCUUUUUUUCGGGUGGAAGCCCACCAGUGGGCAGGUUGUGGGGGACUUCGUGAAGAUCGACUUUGCUGUCGGGGCCAAACUUGCCCCAGCCUUCUUGAAGCGCUUGACGCUGAACCGAUACACUGUUCGCAGUGUUUGCUCACGUCGUGUUCGCUGCAAGUGCUUCGUGCUUGACCACGCUGUGAACAAGCCAUCAACCAAGUCAGCAUUGGCGAGCGAGAGUGGUAAGAGUUUGCAAGGACAGAGCCAGAGUUCCCUUUUCGAGCUUUGCACAGGGGAAAAUCUCCGGAAUCAGGCGCUUGGCCGCAAGCGGCAAGUGAAGCAACAAUUGGUGGAAGCAGAUCUCUGCAGCGAUGGUCGGGGCACUCCUCUUUGGGGCGUUGGCUGUGAAGUCUGGUGCUGCCCUGCGGGUGAAAUUUGGUGCGCAGGUUGCGCAGAGCCCAAUACCGAUAAGAAUGGUUGCCAGAGGUGUCUGGGUGGUUAUGUCCUGGAACAUGGCCGCUGCACUGCUUGCAUGGACAUGCCUGGAUGGAUGGAUGCUGAUGGUGACAACUGCUUUGCGGUCGCGACGAGCUUUACGAAGAGAUGCAGCGAAACUCGCUUCCAUGGCAUUUCCUCCAAUACUGCCUGUUGCAAGUGCGGCGGGGGUCUGCGCCAGGCCACCCCUUUCGCGUACUACUCCCAGCCCAUGUUGUUUGGCGAGAGCUCUGUGCUUGGCUGGCCCUUGCCAAGGACGGCAGCUCGCUAUUCUGUGAACAAGGACUGCCAGCUUGCUACCUACAACCUCACUCUGGACGGUGAAACUGGGAGGUUGAAGCUGCGAGACGGUUGCGGCGUCGUCGGUUGCGGAGGAGCUGUUCGUCAAGCCUUCCAGGUGAGCUGCACCAUUACCGCUCAUCAGGAGCAUGGCCUGAAUGCCUCAGCCGAGAUGUCAGUCAUUGCAGACCCCUCGAUGGUUUACGACAGCCCAGUCCUCAUUGUGACGCCCAACACCGCCCACAGUUUCACCCCUCGCACGGUUUUUGCCGAACACAAGUUUGGCAUUACCUGCCUCCCGGAUGGUAUCAUGCCAUGGGUGGGGAUUUCCUCGUCCAACGGCACCAUCACGGUGAACGCCCACAUUUCCGAACAGGCCUCCGGCCUGACUUCGCUGCCGCUGCCUGGUCUUGAGGACUCGGUGGGUGGGCUUUGCUCUGUGGUCGACACGAAUUCGUCAACGCAGACGUCCGUUAUCAUCCUAGCACCAUGGAUGUGGUCCUCCAUCCACUUUCCCGAAUCGAACCUUCGGAUCACUGUGGGCGAGUCGGCUCUGCCGCUGCUCGCGUAUGCUGGGGAUGGAGCCCGCGUGAGCCCCACGCGCUUUUCUAUGGAGUGCAUGGAGGUGCCCGACGCCGUUCAGUUCGAGUUCGACGAGUUGACGGGGUUUGGGAGCUUGAAUGGAUAUGGCGUGUCCCCAUGGCUUCAACAGUAG